AUGAUUCACUGUCUCUCGGAGGCUCGGUCAAUAUGCUAUUCUUUCUCUAUCAUGCUCGGUCAAUAUGAGGGUUGGUCAAUACGAUAUACUAUCAACUUUCAUCUUUCAUCUAUCUAUCUAUCUAUCUAUCUAUCUAUCUAUCUAUCUAACGCAUUCUUUAUUUUUGUUGUUGUUGUUUCUUCGUCGUCGUCUUAUCCUCCUUCUCCCCCUCCGCCUCCUCCUUCUCCUCCUCCUCCUUCUUGUUCUUGUUCUUCUUGUUCUUGUUCUUGUUCUUGUUCUUCUUCUUCUUCUUCUUCUUCUUCUUCUUCUUCUUCUUCUUCUUCUUCUUCUUCUCCACUCUUUCCUUCACCCUCAUCGACCGCUUGGAAACAGUUAUCUUUCUUUUCUUUUUACAUGUUCUUCUCUGGGACUACACCAUUGAUACUCACUUACCCCCAAUAUAACGCCGAACUUAUACGCCUUUUCACCCUAUUUUUCUUUUCCAACAGUUUCACAGACCUCAGAACCCCGCUACCAACGAUUGUCCAAACACCUUGCGUCGUUACAGUUGAACCUUACUUUAAUAGAUCGAUAUAA